AAGAUCUUAUGGAGAGACACUGAAAGAUAUCUUGAUCCACUGACUAAUUCAACGUGUGGUGCUAAACUUUUCUUAGCACUAUUGAGAUCAUCGAUAGCUCAUGCAGGGAAAGAAUUUUUACCAAAUGAUGGCACAAUUAUUUUAGAAGAUAUUUAUCAUCUACCAUUACCAAUUUUAAUUAUCCAAGUUUUAUUCGAGUGCUUUCAGCUUUUCAUCUGGAUUGGUCUUAUUAUUAGGAAAUUGGUAAUUAAAGAUUUAAAAAGUGAUAAUUGGGGAUUGGCAUAUUUGAUUUCUUUACAAAAAUAUUUAGAAUGUGUGGUAUAUGGUUCUGUUUAUAAUAUUGUUAAUUUAGAACUACACAAAGAAAUCAGUAAAGCAUUAAUUAAAGUUUCAAGUUCUAUAAAAUAUUUUACUCUUACUGGAGGAUUGUUAUGUUUGCCACCAGAAACAAUUGGUCAUUUUUCAAACCUGGUAGUAUUGGAGAUUUUGGUGAAUGAUAAUAUAGAAGACCUUUUCCGAGAUAUGUGUAUGUCAGCCACUUUUAAAGGACUGGAAAUACUUAGGAUUGGAAGUAAAUUGCCAUCUUUGAAUGUUCUUACUCAAUACUGUUAUCAAAGUUUGCAUUACCUAGCUACUUCAAUUUCUGAUGUCAAAGAUGUAAGGCAAAUUUUGGUAUCAUGUGAACAACUUGAGGGACUAUAUUUGGAUAGUUAUGAAAGGAAGAUUGACUCUGAAGAACUUUUUCAAAUUCUAGUAAACCAUUAUCCAGCAAAAUUUCAAAAUUAUGUCUAUUCAACAAAUGGGAUUUAUCCAAAACUUCUUUAA